AGCUUAAUUACCCAAAAACAAAAAAAAAAAGAAAAAAAAGAAAAGAAAAAAGAAUGGGUCAGAUCAAAGGGCAAAAAGGGAAACUGAUCUAAAAUUCUCACCUACCGUUGCAGGAAUGUCAGACAGACGAUCAGGUCCAUUCCAUUAUGCUUUGGGACCUCCUCAUCUUAGCUUCUUAGCUUCUUGGUUACAGGGUACAGGACCAAAUCUCCACCGAGUUUCAGAAUGUCGCCUCUUCAGCUUUCUUACGGAAACCAAAUCCUCCAUCGCCGUAAGUAAAUUAUAAGCAAAGCAAAUCAAAUAACUGAAAUUCCUGGAGUAUUAUUGUUAAUGGAGUGACAAGUUGAAGAUGAUGACAAAAAAAGUAGACAUAAACGACCAGAACCACACCUGAUCUCCCAGUAGAAUACCCAAGUACACUUGUUAUUUACCUGUUGCAACAAGAAGAAGAAGAAGAUGGCAGAAUUUUUGUUGUCCAAAUUGGCAGAGUCCGCUGUAUCCCAUACAGUCCAAAGAAUCUCUGACCUUCUCAUCCAUGAAGCCUCUUCCUUGAGGAGUGUGAGAGAGGAUGUGGUGCUCUUGCAAAAUGAAUUGAGAUCUCUUCAGGGCUUUGUAAAAGAUGCAGACUCCAAGCAAGAACAUGACCAACGCCUCCGAGAGUUGGUACACCAAGUCAAAGAUGUAGCUUCUGAAGCUGAGGAUGUUAUCGACACCCACAUCCUCAAAGUUACCUCCUCUUACAUCAAAGCUUUUCAUAAUAAAAGAAUUCGACCCCAAGUCAAUUCCUUGCGAUCUAGGAUCCACAGCAUAAUUAAUACCAGCAUGCAAAUUUAUGGAUUCAAAUCUGUAAUUGAAGAAGGGAAUAGUUCCAUGGUGGAGCUGCAGCGGUACUUUAGAAGAUCAUCUCCAAAUGAUGAUGAUGGCGAUAAUGAUGAUGUUAUGGUGAGCUUGAAGGGUAGCAUCAAUGCUUUAACAGCUGAGUUGACUAAGGAGGAAGAUCGGCUCUGCAUUGUCUCUGUAGUGGGAAUGGGCGGUUUAGGCAAGACCACUCUGGCUAAGAAAGUGUAUAAUGGUGUGAAACCGCAUUUUGAUUGCUCUGCUUGGGUUUUUAUAUCUCAAAAGUAUGUGGUAAGGGAUGUUUUGAUUGACAUCUCCACCCAACUUGAUUCUCCAAAUGAGGACAUGAAUUUUGAAAUAAUUAAAUCUGGAUGGGAGAUAGUGAAUGCUUUGACAGAGCACGAGCUGAUUGAUUUGCUAAGACACAAGCUGAAAGAGAAGCGAUUUCUUGUAGUUCUUGAUGACAUUUGGACGAUUGUGGCUUGGGAUUUUUUAAAGCGUGCUUUUCCAAAAGGAAAGAAGGGAAGCAAGGUUCUAUUUACCACACGCAAUAGGGAGGUAGCCACAUAUGGUGAUCCAUGGAGCUCCCCAAUUGAACCACCUUUUUUGACAUUGGAAGAGAGUUGGGAGCUUCUAAGGAGAAAAGCAUUUCCAAGAGAUAUUGUUGGUGAGCGUUGUUGUCCACCAGAGUAUGAGAACUUAGGAAAGGAGAUGGCUAAAAAAUGUGGAGGACUACCUCUUGCUGUUGUCGUACUUGGAGGCUUGUUGAAAGCCAAAAAUUCCUUGGAUCAAUGGAAAAAGGUGCUGCAAGAUGUAAAUUCACACGUGAACAAGUUGCAAUCACGACAACAAUAUGAAGGAGUAAAUGAGAUACUAUUAUUGAGCUACCAUGAUUUGCCUUACAACUUGAAGCCAUGUUUCCUUUAUUUGGGCAACUUCCCGGAGGAUUAUGAAAUACCCAAAAGAAAAUUGGUUCGGUUAUGGAUAGGAGAAGGCUUUAUAUCCACAUCCACAAGAGCAGACAUUAAACAAACAUUGGGAGAGGCAGCUGAAGGAUACUUGGAAGAGCUUGUCGAUAGGUGCAUGGUUAUGGUGGACAGAAGCGACCGUACAGGGAAAAAAACAUGUUGCAUGCAUGAUCUUAUGCGAGAUGUGUGUACAUUGAAGGCAAAGGAGGAAACCUUUGCUCAGAUUAUCCAGCAGCAUGAGAGCAACAAGUCCAUUGAUAUUUCUGCAGCUUCAUCUCUGCAGGUGGGUAGUAGUAGUCAUUCUCGGAGACUUGUUAUUCAUCCUGGCUGUGAUCUUCAUUGCAAUACACAGCAGACAUGCACCUUUUUCGGAAAGCAUGUUAAGAAUGCGUCUUGGAUGGAACAGGUACAUGCAAAUCUUCGUACUCUUUUGUGUUUGGGUGGCAGUCUUUCUUUGUCAGCUUUAAACUCGAGCAACUUCAGAAUGUUAAGAGUGCUGGAACUUUGUGUUGCUGGUGGAUCUAAAAUUCCUCGAGGCGUUGGAAAUUUAAUUCACUUGAGAUAUUUGUGUAUCAACUCAAGUUCUAAAACGGCAAUCAAUCUACCAUCCUCCUUAGGUAAUCUGCGCAAUUUGCAAACUCUAGACCUUGGGCGUUGCAACUUGGCCGGUCCAGUAAGGAUGAUAUCAAGAAUGAUACAUUUGAGACGUCUAAUACUACCUCAUGUGUCAGACGAAAAAUGGAAUUUUGAUUGGAGUGAUGUUGGAAUAGAUGAACUAAAAGACAUUGAGACUCUAAAGAGAAUACCAGCUUCUGUGCUGAUUAGAUAUGAUGCACUAAACAAAUUGACUAAUCUUCGAAAGUUACAGAUAUAUUUUGAUGGUAAUAAUAUUCAUGAUGAUAUCAUAAGGGUGUUGCGGUCCCCAAUCGUUGAAUCAGGCUGCUUACGCUCCUUGUGCAUGCGUAUGCCAAGUAACCAUGUUUUUCCAAGUCUGGAAUCACUUUCCUCAUGUCAUAGUCUCACUAGAAUAGGUUUGAUUGGGAAAAUAUCGGAAGGUAUGCAUUCUAUCAUUUCGAUAACUGUUACCAAAUUGACUCUAUUGGAUUCUCAGCUGGAGCAGGAUCCAAUGCCAGUGUUGGAGAAGCUACCAAAUUUAAGGUUUCUCUUUGUUGGUCGUAAUGCUUAUGUUGGUUCUAGAAUGGAUUGCUCUGCCGAUGGAUUUCCAAGACUAGAGUUUCUUGGACUCUAUGACUGAAAAUUUCUAAGAAAGUGAACAGUAAAGAAAGGUGCAAUGCCAAGCCUCAAGAGUUUAACCAUUGUCGAACUAUCCAAUUUGGAAAUGAUUCCAGAAGGGUUAGAGUUUGUUGCUUCCCUCAAAAAAUUAAGAAUUCAUUUGAUGAGCAACUCAUUCUGUGAGAGGAUUCAAGUGAAAAAUGGAAUAGGAGGGGAGGAUUACUACAAAGUGCAACACAUACCCUCUAUCUCUAUAACUUAUGUAAUUGAUGGGGAAAAUUAACAUAUAGUUCGUGGCUCAAGGAACUUACCAUGCAACAGGUGACAAUGACAUUCAUUUAUCAAUCAUCAUAUUUACGGCUAACCAUGGCAGGGAGCAACCCCCUCAAAUUCUCUGAACCUCGACGAACACGGAUGUUGUCCUUGCAGAUGUACAUUGAAACAUUCCGUGGAAGUUUCAUAUGUAGAACUCUUGACAACGUGAUCAUUUGACAUCAAGUGCACCGAUUUUCACAUUGGAAAGCCAUAGGUACUUGCUGCAACAUGUGCAAAAGAACAAGUCAUGCAGUCAAAAGUUAUUUUAGCAGCAUUUAAGAUCAGAUGACCUAAAAGGUCCUAGGAUAAAUUUUGUCUUGCCCGCUUGUUACCUAGGAAGAUUUGAUUGUUUGUAAAUUUCUAUAAUCUUUAUACUGAAUUCACAAUGACAUUCAUAAUUUAUAUUACCCUAUUAAUGCAUGGUGCUUUUUAUUUA